ACACGGCGUGUAAACACCCAUUCAGUACAGUGCAGAGCAGAGAACGCACGACCGCAGACAGGUGUCCGCAAUUGGCGACCUUUCCGUAUUAUUGAGGAAUUAUCCAUUUCACAGGCGUGUAUAUUAAUAUAUUCCCCGCUGUGGAGUGUAAGCGACCGGACGACAAAAACAAUUCAAAAAAGCUGCUCAUUUGUUGGCGAAGACGACGGACGGGACUUGGGAGGUAAAGCAGCUCCGAGCCACCAUGGCAGCGGCGACCGUCGCCGAGGCUGAGAAGCCGGCGGCGGCGGCGGCGGCGGCGGCGGCGAGCGAAGGCGCCACCGCCGCCGGCUUCUCCGGCAUCCACGCGCCGGCCUGGGACGAGUCUCAGCUGCGGAGGUAUACGUUCGCUCCCAAGGCUGUCCCCAGGCUGUCGCACACGGACCCCAGAGCCGAGAUGCUCAUCGACAACGAGGAGCCGGUGGUUUUAACGGACACAAACCUGGUGUAUCCCGCUCUCAAAUGGGACAUGGCGUACCUCCAGGAGAACAUCGGCAAUGGCGACUUCUCCGUCUACAUCGCGGAAAACCACAAGUUCCUUUACUACGAUGAGAAGAAAAUGGCCAACGUGGAGAACUUUGUCCCCAAGUCCCAACGGCUCGAGAUGAAAUUCUCCGAGUUUGUGGAGAGGAUGCAGCAAGUGCAGCAAAUGGGAGGGGAGGAGCGGGUGUACCUGCAGCAGACGCUCAACGACACGGUCGGAAAGAAAAUCGUGGUCGACUUCCUCGGUUUCAACUGGAACUGGAUCAACAAGCAGCAGGCCAGGAGGAACUGGGGCCAGCUGACAUCCAACCUGCUGCUCAUAGGCAUGGAGGGCAACGUGACGCCGGCGCAUUACGACGAGCAGCAGAACUUCUUUGCACAAAUCAAAGGCCACAAGAGAUGCAUCCUCUUCCCUCCAGACCAGUUUGAGUGUCUCUAUCCUUACCCUGUACACCACCCCUGUGAUAGGCAGAGUCAAGUUGAUUUUGACAACCCCGACUACAAGAGGUUCCCCAGUUUUCAAAAUAUUGUUGGCUAUGAGGCGGUCGUGGGCCCGGGAGACGUGCUCUACAUCCCCAUGUAUUGGUGGCAUCACAUAGAAUCACUGCUGAGCGGUGGAGUGACAAUCACUGUCAACUUUUGGUACAAAGGUGCGCCCACGCCCAAGAGGAUAGAAUACCCGCUGCGAGCGCACCAGAAGGUGGCCAUCAUGAGGAACAUCGAGAAGAUGCUAGGAGAAGCACUCGGCAACCCUCGACAAGUGGGACCGUUGCUCAAAACCAUGAUCACGGGCCGCUACGAAGAUCCCAACGAGGCCGCCGCCCCUUGAAAGUGCGCCCUCUUGACUUUUGGACUAUGUCGCUGCAUGGCAGUAAGCGGCCAUCUUGAAACCGUAGUGCUUCUCAGAGUGCCAUCGUCCUUGCCGAUCCCAUGGGAGUUGACUGUACUUGAACAAGAGGUUGUUUUUUUUUCUUUUGUCUUGCUUAGUUAUUUAUGUCAGUCAGUGUUCUCAGAGUUUAUAAUUAAAAAAAAAAAAAAAAAAAAGUGAAUAGGAUUUGCUGUGAAUGAGAGAUUUUGGGGGAAUCUCAGUGAUAAACCACUAGUGAAGAUUCGGGUGGGGGGGGAGAGUGAAAUGUAACAUUUCUCUCGCCUGGUCGUGUCGAAAGCAGUUGUUGCUGUCCGACGAGUAUCUUCCGCACCGGCGAUGUGGUGACGCAUCGAAUAAUCCGAUUGUUUGACUACUUGAAAGAGGCUGAUGAGUCCUUGAGUUGAAAGUGACUUUUAAUGCAAAGUCCACGGUAAGUGUGCCUCGCUGGUGUUGCACUUGCUCGCUUAGCUUCGCCUGGCUACAAUUUGGAAGUACGUCUACGUCUAUGCCUUUCAGUGACUCUUCCAGUAUCUCUGUGGCACCCUGCCGAUCACGCUCUUCAUUGGAUAUUCGAGGUAUGAAACAUUCAACAGUUGGAUAAGCUAAAUGUAUAAAAAAAAACAACCUGUGAGGAUAUAUAAUGAUAGUUAUGAUGAUUAACUCCUCUCAUGUCUGGGCUACAGAAAUUUAGUAGGAAAUUGGACAUAAAGUAAGCACUUUUUUAUGUUCAAAACUGGACGCAUUGGGACUAUUUUGACGUACAGUAUGUACAACAGUUGUACUUUGUUGCUUCCUACCAUUGUUGACAUGUAACAAGCGCUGGAUUUUAAUUUUAAAUACAAUUACAGAUUUUUAGAAAACCCAAUUCUGCAAUUUUCCUUUCAUUAUUAUUUGAUAACAUAUAAACCUAAAAGUAUGCAUCUAAAAGUGAAAGAAAAGCUCAAAAACGUACAUGCAUUUAAUUGCUUUUUUCAUACUAUAUAUUUUUUUUUAAUCUGGGAAAAAGGAUGGAAAUAUAUUUUGUUUUUCAUUUUAGGAUAAUAAAUGACAGAAAUGUAAAAAAAAUUGCAUAUUUAAUUGAACAGCAAAUUUCUAGUUUCUAAAUGAGUUUUCUAAAUUGUGAUUUUCUUUUCAAAAGAAAAGGAUGAAAAAAAGUUGUAUACACUUGUUUAAUUGUACUCACUGUCCAAUUAAUUGUCAUACUAAUUAAUUUGUGAUUAUCUGGAAAAAAAGCAUGGAAUUUUUGAAAAUGUAACUUUUUAUUGACAGCGACAAUAUACAGUUUUCUGGUAAGCACAGUGCAUUUCUUUUUUGUACAAAAUCCUACUAAAUUCUCCUGUGAAAUGACAAAACUGUUCCAUGCAUGAACUCACCUCCAGAGCCACCACAAUAAAUGCAUUUGGUUAUCUAUUAAUAACAUAAUUGUAAAAAUAUGUCAUCCAACUAAUGACUGUAAUAUCUGACCAUUUUAAUGUUAAACGGUAUUAAACACCACUGUCGUUAAGGUGCGUUUAGAGCAAAUGCAUUAGAGUUCACACGAGCCGCAUUAUUGAAAAAGAAACAUAUAUAUAUAUUGCAGCUUUGUGGGAGUGAGGGCUGGCAUGGUAAUAAAUCGUCUAAGUGCAGUAAUGUAUAUGAUGACAAAUCUAGUGGUACUGAAAAACAAAAAAGCCCCUCGUAUUCAAAAGUAUGUGCUGGCGGGCAGCCAGAUAACUUUCUUAUGUUCUUAAUCAUUUUUGACUCAUACUUCAAGGACUAUUGGAUUAGGACUAGCAAGGACACACACACACACACAAAAAAACCAGAUAUAAUAUUGUAGGUUACGUAUUCCUGUGGAACUAAUUUAUAGUAAGGCUCAUAUUUAAGGUUUAUACUGUACCCGUGAUCUGGUGGAAAGCUGUUUGUUAAGCUUCAUGGUGGUUUGUGUGAUGUACACUGCUAUAAUACAAAUAUUCAACUGGGUUGCAUGACCUGCUAUAGGACUGGACUGCGUGUCGUCCUUUUUUUUUUCCACCCCCCCGCCCCCCAUUUUAAGCCACUGUGUCGCCUACUACUUCUGCAGAGCCAUACACUGAAGAUUGUAUAUGUUCCAAACGCCACAGAAACCAGUAGAAGCCGAUCUGGUUUUGCUCUUAAAAGCACAUAACUAUCGAAAGUAUGGGUUGCAAAAAGGGUGGAACAUUUCCGGGAAAUUUGGAAAGAUUGCAAAUCAUCUUUCCCUGUUGAAAUGAAUGGAAAUGCCGUUAAUCCGUUACAGCCUCAUUCGACAGUGUUUUGAAAUUCAAGCAUGGUCAAUGAAUGAAUUCAUCUUGUAUCUCAAGGCACCACUGUAUUCUAAAUUGGAAACUUCCAAAGGGAAUUCAUGGAAAAGUAAUGAAAAAAUAUCAAUUUAGCAAAUUCCUGGUUUAUUCCUGUUAAAUCACGCGGAAAGUUUCCAGUUUAAAAAAAAAAAACAAAUCUUCCGGGAUUUUGCAACCUUAAUUGAAAGUGACAUAAUGACGGCACUACAAAAAGCAACACGUGCAAGAUUUGUUGUUAAUAAAGAGACAAUUUGCAAGACAA